UUAUAUGGUAAUUCAGCUCCCAAUCUCCAAAAAUUAGCCAUUAGAAUUUUGGGUUUAACAGCUAGUUCUGCUGGAUGUGAGUGUAACUGGAGUGUGUUUGAGCAUAUCCAUACCAAAAAAAGAAACAGAUUGGAGCAUCAAAGAUUGAAUGAUCUAGUGUUUGUUAAGUAUAAUCGUGCUUUAAAAGCUCGUUAUGACUUGCGGAGUGUCAUUGAUCCAAUCUCGUUGGAUAACAUUGAUCAUAGUAAUGAAUGGUUGGUUGGGAAGAUGGGUAUUAAUAUGGAAGCAGAAGAUGAAUUGGUGUUUGGUGAUGACAACUUAACUUGGGGUGAUGUUUCAAGAGCGUCGGGCAGUGAGGAUGUGUUGGCAUACACAAGGCGACAAAAGAGACAGUCGGAAGUUAUUACAACUAAUGCCUCAAGUUCCCGAGCUCCACGUGUUGACAUAGAAGAUGAGGUUGAUUCAGAUGAGUCGGGGGAAGAAGAGAUUGAAGGCUAUAAAUCUAGUGAUACUGAUACCAAUGAGAAUCACCCUAUUGAGGAAGAUGAUAUGGAAGUAAUAUUAUUCUAG